AUGAGUGACGCUGCAGAAAUCCUAAAGUCAGUCCAGAUAGGUUUAAAUGUCGUCAUAUUUCUUCUCAACACUGAUCGUGGCCCACAAGCGACUGAGUUAUGUAAUGAAUGUGCAAUUCUACUUCAAAACCUUGACUGUGGUAGUCACCUUGAUAUCUCCAAUGUAAUAUCCAAUGCAUACUACGCCAUCUCUGGUGACACAAGUGCGGUAAGAUAUGCCAAAAGACUUCUUUACACGUUGCACCACGCUGGAAGACUAACCAUUCAACUGGGAGACAAAUAUAAAGCGCAGCGCCGGUUUGUAGAGGCAAAGCAACUUUUCAAUAGCGCACUCAUCAUCAUGCAAACGACUGGUCACAAAAGAGAAGAAGCCAUAGCUCACGGACGACUUGGAACUGUAUGUAUGAGCCUCAAUGAAAUGCAGAAGGCAAAAAAACACCUUGAGAAAACACUCACCAUGGGGAUAGAAAUUGGCGACAGACAAGCAGAAGGAAGAGGCGAAUAUCAGAAGGCUAAAGAAUAUUAUGAGAAAGCACUUACCAUCGCGAUAGAAAAUGGCGACAGACAAGGAGAAGGAACAAUUAAUGGAAACCUCGGAAAUGCGAAGGAAUGUCACAACAAAGCACUUGCUAUUGCGAUAGAAAUUGGCAACAGAGAAGGGCAAGGAGCAUUUAACGGGAACCUCGGAGAUGUGUUUUAUUCGUUAGGCGAAUAUCAGAAGGCUAAAGAAUUUCACGAUGAAGCACUUGCCAUCGCGAUAGAAACUGGCGACAGACGAGGAGAAGGAAGGGCUAAAGAUUAUUACGAGAGAGCACUUGCCAUGGCGAUAGAAAUAGGCACGAAAGAAGACGAAGCAACAACUAACAGGAACCUCGGAAAUUUGUUUCAUUACCAAGGCGAUUACCAGAAGGCUAAAGAAUAUUACGAGAAAGCACUUGCCAUAAAGACAGAAAUCGGCGUAAGAAAAGAAAGCAAAAGAAUAUUGUGUGAAAGCGCUUACCAUCAGCAGAGAAUGUGGCCAUAG